AAUUGAGACAAAGGGAGGGACUCAAGCGUCACCACUGUCAGCAAUGUGACAAAUCCUACCCAAGAGCAGGAUCUUUAAAGAUUCAUCAGAGAGGUCACACUGAAGAGAAACCGUACAGCUGUGACCAAUGUGGAAAAGCCUUCACUCAAUCAGCUCACCUAGAAACCCAUCGACGUAUUCACACUGGAGAAAAACCAUACAUGUGUAACCGUGUGGGAAACUUUUUGAAACGGAGAGGAGAGGGACCCAAACGUCACCACUGUCAGCACUGUGACAAAUCCUUCACAUGCCCUACAUAUCUAAAGCUUCAUCUCAGACUUCACACUGGAGAGAGACUGUACGUUUGUGACCAGUGUGGGAAAGCUUUCAUUCGCAAAUUUAACCUAAAUAAGCACCAUCUUAUUCACAAAGGGGAGAAACGGCACUGCUGUGACCAGUGUGGGAAAGGUUUCAUUUCACUAGGUGAAUUAAAAAGGCACAAUCGUGUUCACACUGGAGAAAAACCAUACCGUUGUGACCAAUGUGGGAGAAGUUUCAGAAUAUCAAGCCACCUACAUGUCCAUCGACGUAUUCACACUGGGGAGAAACCGUACAGCUGUGACCAAUGUGAGAAACGUUUCACUAGAUCAGAUAAUCUAGUAAAGCACAGACGUGUUCACACUGGGGAAAAACCGUACUGGUGUGACCAAUGUGGGAAAUCUUUCACUACAUCAAGUAACCUAGAUGUCCAUCGACGUGUUCACACUAGGGAAAAAUCCCACUGGUGUGACCAAUGCGGGAAAGCCUUCAGUACCUUAAGUAGCCUAAAGAAGCACAGUCUUCUUCACACUGCGGAGAAACAGCACUGUUGUGACCAAUGUGGGAGAAGUUUCAUUUUUUUAGGUCACUUAAAAAGGCACCAUUGUGUUCACACUGGAGAAAAAACGCACUGCUGUGAACAAUGUGGGAAAGCCUUCACUACAUCAGGUCAACUAGAUGUUCAUCGACGUGUUAACACUGGGGAGAAACCGUACUGCUGUGACCAAUGUAGGAAAGAUUUCACUACGUCAAGUGAUAUAGUAAAGCACAGACGUGUUCACACUGGAGAGAAAUCGUACUCGUGCGACCAAUGCGGGAAAGCUUUUUCACAGCGUCGUCACCUUAAAGCCCACAAAUGCAUUAACUCUGCUUCGUUUUGAAAAAAAUUUCAGAGCCAAGCAAGCUGUUCCCUCCUCUCCCCUCAUGCCUCGAUCGCGUGUUCAUUUACAAUUCAAAUUAAUUUAGAUGGCGCCAAUAACAACAGUUCUCUCAUUGCGUUUCAUAAAGAGCAGGUCUUUUUUCAAGAGGCAGCAACCUCGUGCAGAACCAUUAACCUGUCACAGUAUAUGAAAAUUUAGUGAAAAUGCUGAGAUUAUGUUAGUAUGAUGUUACUAUAUUACUAAACGCUGACUUGAGUAACAUCAGGUCCAGUGCAGCUGACCUGCUGCCCAGUCGCGCAUUCACUUCAAGGAAUGAUGCGUUCAGUAACUCAGUACCGCAGCGCUUCUUGGAUUACCAACUGUAAAAAUGUUUUGGAAAUAGGAAUCUGUUAUUACCAGUUACUGGGAAAAUGAGUAAACGUAAAAUGAGAAAAGUAAGAUUAGUAAAGUUCCAGCCCAACACUAACAGUGGGCCUAGCUAUGAAAUUAAAUUUUAAUUUAAUGUUAGAAUAUUAUACUAAUUUACGGAUUCUGUGCAACCAAAAUAAAGAUUUAUUAUAUAUUAACAAUUAAAUAAUACUCACAAAUGGCAGGUUGAUGAUUUAGAUGAAGAAAGUUAGUUGGUAAAGAUGGCCGGCCUCACAUGCUCCUCCCACGGGUUGGCACAUGCUCCCCCCCCGUCGCCACUUGGGGGGCUCCUCAACUUUGAAAACUUCCAAGAACAUUUUUGUUCCGCCAUCACUUUUCGUAAAACUGUCAAUAUUUGCAAGCUACACAGUUGAUUUCUCACCUCGAAACUUCUCAGAAGUAGAUUUAGUGCAGAAAUAACCUGUGAAAUUUGAAACUUUCUGUUGCUGGCCCUCUGUCCGGCGUGCGCAAUGAUGACGCAGUGAAUAGUGACGAUUCUCUCGGACCAAUCAGCAGUCUGCCGUGUUUUUACGUCACGUUAGUAUCACCUCAGCUCACAUGGAACCUCGACAGAGGUUAUACGAAAAAAGGUACCAACAGGUACAACUUUUCCCCGAUGGAAACCCAAAAACAGCGAGUACAGUCAAGUGAAGUCGGCCGCUACCAUUCAGUGGAAAAGGGGCUUUACACACUAACCGCACCCUCCCAGAAAUUCAAGAAAUUAUUGUUUUGUAAGGACCUGAGCACAAAACAUGCAAGGACUCUAUUGAAACUGAAGGAUUUCUUCUUUUUUUUGGGUGUGUAAAAUGGCUCGCUAGCGCCCCCUAAUGAGCGUACGAAAUAUCUGUGGUACAUGUCUAGACAUACAAGAAAAGCCUCCUAGAGCAAUGCCUGACACCCAACUGGAAGUCGGCCAUUUCGGAUUUAAUGGCCUAGAGAACUAGUAAAAUCGACUUCAAAUUUACCCUGUGCAGUUUAAGCCCAUUUCUGAUUAAAAGUUGGACUAACUAGUGCUGCACGUUUUUGGAGAAAAUGUCAUAUUGGAAUUAUUGUGGUCAAUAUUGUAAUUCAUGAUUCAAUUAAAAAAAAAAAUCUUUUAAUUCUUGUAAGUACAUAUUUCGGGCACUAUUCAACCAGCGCUACAAUGGAGUAUUAGCUCACCGUCCAGUAAUCUGCCAAGUUUUUUUCCUCAAGAAAUUGCUUGGUAAAUAAAAUAUUAAACAAUUUUCAGUUUAUUAUCACACAAAGAAUCAGCCAAUAUUCUGUAUAUAACUGUGAAGUUUGAACCACAGAAUGUUUUUAAACACAUUUUCCUCCUUGAGUACUAUUUUUUUUUUUUUUUUUUUUUUUUUUAUCUGUAUUCACUGUUUUUAUUUGAUUUUGUUUAGACAUUAUUGGGUCAAUAUAUGUCACUGAUACAUUUUACAUGCUGGAGUUUGUUUCCUGAUGUAUUUGUUAGAUGUGUCCAGUUGUGUUUUUGGGGUUGUGGCUUUGAUGAGUCUUUACUGUGUAUCUCUGAAGUGGUGGAGGUUUCCAAGAUUUCAUGUGGACCUUUUCUCUCAAAUAGCUUCUCUCUUGCAAAUAUCAAUAGAAGUGAUUACCAGAGAGACCAAAUCUAUUAGCUGUAUCUUUAGUCCACUCCUUCUUUUUCCUUCAUUUCUUGUUCCUUUGAUUACUUUACAUUUUCUUCUCCGGAUUUUAAAUGUGUUAAAUGCAUAUAGAGUAGUAGUGUAUUUUGAUCUGUUGUUGAAUGUUAUUUUGAAUCUGUUGAGGUUUGUUCAGACUGAAAGCAAAACCAAUUGUAGUUGUACAUGUCGGCUCAAGUCUAAAAUGUUUCAGCUUAAAUGAGAAAUUCAGCUUUAUCUUUGACGAAUGAACAGAAGAAAAACCAGAAACUGGAGGAAAGAGACUACAGAAGUGGAGUUUCUGUUGUCCCCUAAGUCUGAAGGACUCGGUAUGCUUCAAACUAACUAGAUCACAUGACGUCUGUUCAAAAUAUCAACACUGAAGACGGGGCAAAAAAGUCCAAAUGUUUCUGAGGCCUGAACCAGGUCCACUGGAUACCUCUGGGUUUAACUGUUGUGGUUUGAUCCAGUGUGUAGUGAGGAGGAAGAGGCGCUGAAUAAACAGGGACUACAAAACCACUACAGAUGACAUUUGUGUUCAGUCUGAACAAACCUUUGUUCUUGUGAAAGUCUGAUUGAAUCAAAUAUUAUUGUGUCUUCAUUAUAUGAUGCCAUUUUUAACAGCUGUUUGCUUUCUGUUCUGUCAGUAAAUGUGUUGCUUUCUGUUUAACUUGCAUCCUGCCAGGGUUGGUGCUGUAAUAAUCUGAGCAGGAUACUUGAGACUCGAGUCCUUUUCAAUGUUCUCAUUAAAUUAGUCUACACAAAGAGAAGCUUAUUGUUAUUUUCAGCUCUGACAGACUGAAAAGACUUCCCACUCGAGUUUCUCCGGUAUCUUGUGAUGUAUUUUCAUCCUUAAGAUGGACCUUUCUGUCAAGACAAAUAAGUAAUUGUAAUGAUUAUUCAACAUGUUUAAUAAAUCAUUUAUUCUUCACGAA